CUGGAGGCCGUAGUUUCGGUUUUUAUUAUUUUAAAUCGCCUCUAAUCCUACAAAAUGAGAAUUUACAAGGAUAUUAUUACUGGUGACGAGAUGUUCUCGGACACUUACAAAAUGAAACUUGUUGACGAAGUUAUCUACGAAGUCACCGGUAAACUUGUCACAAGAACCCACGGCGAUGUCCAGAUCGAGGGCUUCAACCCCUCGGCCGAGGAGGCUGACGAGGGCACGGACGCGGCCACCGAGAGCGGGGUCGACAUCGUGCUGAACCACAGGCUCAUGGAGACCUAUGCCUUCGGCGACAAGAAGUCCUACACAUUAUAUUUAAAAGACUAUAUGAAAAAAUUAGUAGCAAAAUUGGAAGAGACCGCCCCCGACCAGGUGGAUGUCUUCAAGACCAACAUGAACAAAGUAAUGAAGGACAUCCUCGGGAGGUUUAAGGAGCUCCAGUUCUUCACCGGAGAAUCCAUGGACUGUGACGGUAUGGUGGCCAUGUGCGAGUACCGUGACAUCAACGGAGUCUCCACACCGGUCAUGAUGUUCUUCAAACACGGUCUGCUUGAGGAGAAGUUCUAAACCAAUUCACAUAAUCUCAGGAUAUUAUAAGCGUAUUGUGACAUGGCUCGGCUAUUAAUGUUAUUCUGUUCAGUCGCAUCUCGCCUAAAUUCAAGUACUCAGUUCAAAAUAUUUAUUUUUUAUUUAUUUUGUAUAAAAUCAUGCCCAUCCCAGCCAAACUGGCUUCCACUCUGCAAGGCUGAACUGUUUUGUAAUGUUUUUCAUAUUGAUGAAUGUUGCAUACCCUACUAAUACUUAAAUAAUAAUAAAUUAAUGAACAAUU